AAUGUCAAAUACUGUCACCAAAGGUAAAUAUUGAUUUUUGAAUAUCUCUUCCAAGUUUUGAAAUAUUAAAAAAAUGGAAAAUGAACAAAAAGAUGCCAAUGUAGAAACAAUUGAAUCAUUAACUAAAGAAACUGAGAUCCUUAAAAAGAAAUUAGAAGAUGAACGACAAAAAUUAAAUGAUGUUACAUUGUCCCAAAUUGCGGAACGAUUAGAUAUUAUUAAUUAUAUGAAUAUUAAACCCAGACGAACAUUAAAAGGACAUCAAGCAAAAGUUUUGUGUUCAGACUGGUCUCCAGAUAAGAGGCAUAUAGUGUCUUCUUCACAGGACGGUAAGAUGAUAAUCUGGGAUGCUUUCACAACUAACAAGGAGCAUGCAGUGACAAUGCCAACAACAUGGGUGAUGGCGUGUGCUUAUGCUCCUUCUGGGAAUUUGGUUGCUUGCGGGGGACUAGACAAUAAAGUAACUGUGUAUCCGUUAAGCCUCGAAGAAGAUGUUUCUCUUAGAAAGAAGACAGUAGGAACCCAUACUAGCUACAUGAGCUGUUGUAUUUUUCCAAACUCGGAUCAACAGAUAUUAACUGGGAGCGGAGACUCAACUUGUGCCCUUUGGGAUGUUGAAUCUGGACAGUUGCUACAGAGUUUUCAUGGACAUUCUUCCGAUGUCAUGGCCAUCGAUUUGGCUCCAUCAGAAACUGGAAAUACUUUUGUUUCGGGGAGUUGCGAUAAAAUGGUGUUGAUUUGGGAUAUGCGAACGGGGCAGUGCGUCCAAUCCUUCGAGGGACAUGAAUCUGACGUCAACAGUGUCAAGUUUCAUCCCAGUGGUGAUGCAGUGGGCACCGGUAGUGACGAUGCAACAUGUCGUCUUUUCGAUCUUAGAGCUGACAGGGAAAUUGCGGUAUAUAGCAAAGAGAGCAUUAUUUUUGGAUCAAACUCUGUGGAUUUUUCAGUAUCAGGACGUUUACUAUUUGCUGGCUAUAACGAUUAUACUGUUAAUGUUUGGGAUACGUUAAAAUGUGCAAGAGUGUGCUUACUUUAUGGGCACGAAAACAGAGUAUCUUGUUUGCAAGUUUCUCCAGAUGGAACAGCUCUUUCAACGGGAUCAUGGGAUUUCACUCUGAGGGUAUGGGCUUAAUCUACCAACAGUUGUGUAUUUUCUUCUGCCAGAUCUCGUUACGUUUACCUAUGGAAGUUGGAAAUUUUUGUAGCUACUCAGAUGUAAAGAUAUAUUUUACACCUUGGAUUAAAAGUUACGAAUCAGUAAUGGCACCGAAGCUCUAAUGAAAAUAAAACCCAAUAUGGUUCUGAAACAAUUGUGACAUUUCCAUGUCAUCUACUCUAUUUAAUGGGAAUUUUCACUGAAAAUACGUUUAUUUAGAUACAUUUCCUUAAAGACAAAGAAGACAAAUUUAACAAAACGAUAAUUGUUGAUACAUUAUAUUAUGACUUAUUAUAAAGGAAUUUCUCAAUAUGUAUAGGGAACUUGUAAAAGAUUUUUAUGUAUAUUAUAUGUAUACUUUGUUACUAAAAGUGAUUUCCAACUUGCAAAAACGUAUCUAUAUCGUAGAUGUCAUUUAUCGAUAGUAGAAGAUGAACAAAGUCUGCAUUUAAAAAUAGUUGUUAGAAUACGUUAAACAGUAUUAUUUUUUAAUUAAAUACUGUAACUAGGAUAUUAGCUCGAAUUUUAUUCUUGUUUUAAUAAAUGUCAUAUUUCUAUU